AUAAUGAUGAAUAUUUUAUAUAUUAAUAAAUAACAGUGGGAAAUUUGUUCACCAUGGAAGAAAGUAGGCCUUAUGUACUUGUAUUUUACGAAAAUAAUAUUAAUUCAAUACUGCAACAACCUUUAACACAUACACAGCGGAUCAAGUAUAUAAGUCAUGACAUUUCACAAUCCUAUAUUAUAUUGGGUGCUAGUAGCGGUGGGCUGUACGUUUUUCGAAGAGAACCAUGUACAUUUCUCCAAAUCAUUCCGAAUCAGGAAGGUGCCGUUGAACGUAUUUCUAUAUCACCAAAUGAAAAAUACGUUUGCAUUUCUACAGCCAAGAAAUGUUUAUGUCUUAUUCAGUUGAAUAAUUUAAAUAAAUCCACUAAAAUUCUUUAUCGUGAUAAUUUUGAUUAUCCUGUUCGAAGUUUGAAAUGGAAUAUUUAUAGUACAGAAUUAUUUAUUGGUGAUACAAUUGGACAAAUAUCAGUUAUUAUAAUUGCUGAUUUUCUGGCAAAAACAGUAUUUCAACCAUCAUGUUACCCAUUAAUGCGACUAGACUCAGAAAUAGUGCAAUUUGAUUGGAACAGCACUCUUUUACUGGUCUCAACUCUAUCACGAUGUUACAUUUGUGAUACAGAACGUGAAGAAUAUCGUCAAGUAGGACAAAAACUACGUGAUGGUGAUUACGGUGGAUGUUUUAUUAAUCGAAAUGAAUCCGAUACAUCAAUCGUAUUAAACAGCACAGAAAAUCGUAAAAAAGGAUGGUUUACAUCGAAAACAUUAGACAAUCAAAAUCCUCUCUUAUCAUACACGUAUUAUCAAUUAUUAAAAAUAUUUUGUAGUCGACCUGGUGGUCGAUUAUGGGAAGUACAAAUUGACGGUACCGUAUUCCGUACAAUUUUAUUCAAAGACGCGUGUCAACAACCCUUAUCGGACGUAAUCCUUUACAAUUAUUCAACUGACUUACGAUUACGUUUAAUGUCACAAGAAAACGAUACAUCCCAACAAACUUACUCAGUAAAUUUUUCAAAAUUAUACGUAAUUAAAAAACAAUUUAUUAUCACAUAUAAAAAAAGUGUGUUAUAUAUUUUGGAUCCCGAAAUUACUUCGGUUAUUGCUUGGUGUAAUUGUCUAGUCGAUAUUCAAGAUAUUUGCGUUGUUGAUUCGUAUAUUUAUAUUUUGGAUGUACAGGGUAAUAUAUUGUGUAUACAUUUUAUUGAGAUUGAGAAAUUAUUGUUACGUUCAUUUAUCAAUAAACAGUAUGUAUUUUGUGCGGAUUUAUGUGUCCGAUAUAAUACAAAUUUAUUAAAUUUAAUUCCAAAAUCAAAUAAGUUAUAUUUGAUCAGUACUUUAUGUGAGAAAUUAGAUAGAGAUACGCAUGCGGAUUUAAUAGAACGUUUAGAACCACUUAUUCAGCUUAUUAAAGAUGAAACUACACGACGACAGAAUGCUGCAAGUAAAGAUGGAGGAAGUACAAGUAACAAGAUUGUUACAAUCGAUAAUAUUUAUUUUAACGUAAAUAAAAUUGACAAUCAUCAUGAGGAAACCGUUGUAAGUGACAACUACUCCGUUACGCAGAAGGAAUCUACAAAACCCGUCGAAGAAACUACAAAGAUUCCGACACAACCUGAAAAAUCUCCCAUUGUAGAAAGAAGAAGAAUGCCCGAGGAAAAUAUCUUAAACUAUUCUAAAAUGAAACCAGUGAAUAUGCCCACGGUGGUUGCACCAUUCUCAAGCUUUAAUAAAACAUCCGGGGAUGCAAACUUGGAUAUUUUAUACGAAUACUUUAAACUAAGUAAAAUAAGUAAAGUAUUAAAUUGUAAAACAAUCGAUAAUAUUUUAUUAGUUUACCAAAAAAUUCACGAUAUUCAUGAAUUUGCUCUCCGUCUUCGAACACAUAUCAAUGAAAUGGAAGAAGAAACAUCCAAAGAUAAUGAAAUCACAACUCCAAGUGUGGAUUUAUGGUGUUUUAACGUAUUUUUACGUUAUAUCGAAAUUAAAAAAUCAAAUUCGAUAAUUUCCGAGUUAUUUGAUAGCGAUAUAUUAAAAAGCUAUUUAAUUGAUUCGUUUAUAGCUUUAAAUUUAAAUACAGAGCAUGCGUGCAAAUGUAAUUAUCCGUUACCAAGUGCGUCACAACAGUUAAAAAGCAUCCGUUACCUGGAUAUUGGUACAAACUUAAUUCAGUUAUUAUGGAGGAACGAUGAAAGGAAAACAGUGAACUUAAUUUGUAGUCAAGUGCCUUAUAUGUGGAUCGAAGUGAUACGCCUCGAUGCCAUUGCUCAAAAUAUUCCGUUGUUAAUACAAUUUAAUGAAUCUCAUGUUAUUGAGAAAUAUUUGAAAUCAUUUGAUGAAAAUCAAAUACGAGAAUUAUUAAGUUGUUUUAUUAAAUUACAACAAUCACAAUGCUGCCUUUUUUGUGAUAAUAAAAUAGAUAAUUUUCAUAAUGUUUUUAUGAAUUGGACACAAUUUGGCCUUAUUUUAUUAAAAGUAUUAAAUGCUGAAAUAACUGUAAAUUAUUUAAUGGAAUAUGCUAAUUUAAUACCGCCUGGUUCAUUGGAUAAAAUAUUUUAUCAAUUAUGUAUCUUGGCAGAAAAUGAGGAUUCAGUUACAUGUUAUACCGAUUUAGCUGAAACAAAUCCUGAAAUGCUAAUGAAAAACACUGAAGAUCUACUGUUAACAAAAAUUAGACAGCAAUUUUAAAUUCAAGUGGCUAUAAAAUUUUUCUCAAUAAUUAUAUAUUUUCGCGACACAAUUAAUUAAAAAAUGUUAAAAAUUUUUC